AUGCCGAAACGUAUUCCGUUCCACGUCGUUUACGCGACAAGCGAAGAUAGCUCGUACCCAGCAUGCGAGCUGAACUCCCAAGGGCCGGCAGCUAGAGGGUGGCGGAGUGCGGGCGCUCCGCCCCACGAGCUCCUCCUUCGAUUAUCCUGCAUCACCAAUGUACACAAACUACAACUUUUGGCACAUCAUCAGCUAAUACCGGAAUGCGUUGAGGUGCUAGUGUCGGGCGGAUUGAUAUCGGAGGGGGCGGCUACACCGUGCGGGGCCACCUACACCAGCGUGGGCCGGGUCACCUUGGCCCGGCCCACGCUACAAGCACGGACCAGGGAGCUCAGAUCGGCUGCACUUCCAGAACCAACCAUAGCACGUUUUGUGAAACUAAGACUUUCCGGACCACAUGCACCGGCACAAGAAGAUGAGCAGGUAGCUCUUAUGGCUGUCAAUGUCCUCGGUGAAGAAAUAGAGGACCCAGAAAAGUUCCCUGAAGCAUCACCAAAAUCGGAACCCAAUUACUCACCGUACGAUGACCUCGCAUUCGUUAUGUACGUGGAUACCGAAAUAGCAGACCUGGUCAGGACUUUAGAUGAGAAGAAGAAGAUCGCUGUGGCUGAGGAACGAUUCGAAUAUGCACGCCGUUUAAAGUCCGCGGGAUCAGCUUUAGCGGCGGCUGGUAUACGAAUAGGCAGAUGGAGGUUACGUAAGCGUACCGCGGCAGCUAGAGAUGACUUCGAGUUAGCCAGGAGAAUGAGGGACAGGAUAGCUGAUGCCCUCGUCGGAGUCAAAGAAGAUCCACAGCUCUGCAGACUGUUUGAAGAAGAUGGGGAGGAUGGUAGGAUAUCUGAUGCUCUGGUUGAGUUCAAAGAAGACACUCAGCUGGAACAUCUUAAUCUGCCUGAAGAAAUUCUACCCGAUCACCGCAAUGAUUCGUCGAUGCCACAAGAAUAUGACUUCUCUCAUCACCUGUCACCGUCUGUCGUCGCUGGGUCGCUCAGUUUAGAUAUUCCAUCACCAGUGCCGCCCAUCGAUGAACCUGAGCUGGAACGGGAGUUAGUUAACGGUGACGAUGAGGAAGAAGUUCAAAACCAACGUGCCGAGUCACCCAUUGAACCUGUCCAAGAAGAAAUCCGGCAACUUUCUCCUGAGCCGCCACCGCCUGUACAUGAAGACAAGGUUGAUGCAAAAAAGAUCGAGGAAGAUGAACUGAGGAAGGAAACUGAUAGCCCUAGGAGGAGUAUCACGCCAAAUGCUGCCAAUGGUACUUUAGUGAGACGUAGAAAUAAGAGUGCAGGACCAAGAUCCACAUUCGAAGCUUAUGAAGAAAGAUUGCUACCAGCUCUGAGGCACUCCCACACCAAUGAAUAUUUAAGGGAGGCGAGGGAAGAGGAAUGUAGCGGCGGCAGCGCUGCCUCCCACCCGCGACCGUUACAGCCGCAUAAGCUCAAUGAAAGAGAGAGAAAACAGGCUGCUUUACCUAUACUUAUAUUCGGAUACCCUCUGGUCGAGAAAUUCUACUCCAAAAGUUAUCUAGACAAAGAGGAAGGCUUAGCUCGUCUUAGGGCUGAACUCACAGCGCCCACCAAUGGAAGCACAAAGACAUCGCCUAACAAGACAGCCAGAGCGGCCGCCAUAUUGCUACAGAGAACAUUAAGGGAUAAAGUGUUCUCAGUAUACAGCCAAACCAAUGAAGUUGUGAGGGUUUUGUUCCAAGAAUUUGUACCGGACAGGGUAUGUGCUGCUGAAGUGGGAAGAUGUUUAGAGAAGUUACUCCCGGAACUAUUGAGAGCGUGCGGUGAUCCCGCGCCGAGGGUACACUCUACAGCACAACACACCGUACUCACUGUUGCAGAUUGUCCACAUGUCAGGAGUUUGCACGUGAUCCCGCAGCAGCUGGUGCGGCCGAUUCCCGCGUCAAUGCAUCCGCGACUUGCUCUAUCCCGACUGCAAAUGCUGGAACAACUGGUGCUCACACACGGGAUAUCAAAUGAGAAGAACAGUGGGUUAACAGUCCGCCGUCUAGCAGAAUGUGGGGCAUCAGGAGCUCAACACGCCGCUGGUUCUGUGAGGGCUGCAGCAGAAAGGAUUCUUCUAGCAGCUUAUGGUAGAUCACCCAGAGUUGUUAGAGCGCAACUGCCUCCAGACGAUGCUGUCACCAGAAGGAAUCUCAUAUACAGACAUCUGUUCCAGCAAUUCGACAGGAUCGAUAUGCAGAAAAUCCUGAACCAAGCACCUACAGAGGAACAGCUCACUGAAUCAGCAGUAGAGUCGUGCGAUACAGCUAGCGUAGCACAUUCAUCUCGUACAACUGCUAGUGGGACCACAGCAUCAUUUAGCAUGACAUCCUCCAUUGGAGUAACUUCAUCUUAUAGCUUGAAGUCUAUGACGUCACAUACGUCUGGUUCAACUCUAGCUCCGUCUAGCCUCAGCGGUAGUUACACUACAAGAACCAGCAAAAGCAGCUUGAAGAGAUCCCCUACAAAGCGAUACACCCCUUCAAGAACAACCAAAGACAGUUCCAACUAUCCUGGCUACAACAAGCUAAGACUAGAUAGCGCUGUAAGCCCGAAACAUUCACCUAGAUCUACACCUAACGCUACUGAAAAGGUCCAUUUCGAAGACAAAUCCGAACAAGUAGUUUUACGUCGAUCGAACCGUAACACUGAAAACCGUCAUUCAAUGAUCCAUUACGAUCACGAAACCUCAAAGCCGCAGCUAAAAGAAAGACCUGUCACCGUAUACGAACCAUUACAUAUAGACUACAGAGAUUCCCCAAGUUUGGGAUCGCCGAAAACUUCCAAGAACGAUUUGAGAAGCAUGGACUCAUUGCCAAUGGAUUCACCUGUAUCGAGGAGCGAUUUGAGAUGUGACUCCGAUUGUAGAAGUCUGGAUUCGCCGAAAGUCAAAGCGGAAUUUUUCAGGGAAAGUGUUUUAGAGUCCCCGAAAUUGGUGGCGGGAUUGAGGAACUUGCAUUUAGAUGAUCAUAGUCAGAUGGAUGAGAGCGGUUAUUACAGUCCUGGUCGCAGGCAACAACUGACCAACAAUGAGCAAUAUGAAAGCUACGAGGGAAACACCGUAGAUGUGCCCAGCGAUAAUACACCAGAACCUUACGACCUGCAGCUGGUGCGGCAGGCGCGUGAGGGCGGAGUGCCUGGAGGCCCACUACUGGCGGCGCUGCGUGCUGCUCGCGCGCUGCCCGCACUGCCGCGUCGCGCUGGAGGCGAGGACGCUGCACGCACACUUGUUAGGUAUACUAACCUCCUCCCCCCCCCACCCCCUACUACCAUAUCGAUACUGUACCGUAUAAUGCCUGGAGGCCCACUACUGGCGGCGCUGCGUGCUGCUCGCGCGCUGCCCGCACUGCCGCGUCGCGCUGGAGGCGAGGACGCUGCACGCACACUUGUUAGGUAUACUAACCUCCUCCCCCCCCCACCCCCUACUACCAUAUCGAUACUGUACCGUAUAAUGCCUGGAGGCCCACUACUGGCGGCGCUGCGUGCUGCUCGCGCGCUGCCCGCACUGCCGCGUCGCGCUGGAGGCGAGGACGCUGCACGCACACUUGUUAGGUAUACUCACCCCCCACCCCCCACCCCUCCCAUUACCAUAUCGAUACUGUCCCAAGAAUGUUCGCUAAGUGAAGGCAGCUGGAAGGCGUGUCAAAAAUGCGGCGCGGCAUUGAGAACGGAUGAGAGGGAAUACCACGUCAACUGUAUACCGCUAGGAAUGGAUGAAUGGAAAUGUCCGUAUUGCUUCACCAACGUGCUGGCGAGAGAUCUGCCCUGGCAGAGGCAUUUGAUGCAGUGUCCACGGAAUCCUCGAUUAGGUCAGAAUUAAAUCUGAGCAAAGAAAUAGAUAAUAAUAUGUGAAUAUGGCGACGAAUAUAGAAAUUUGUUAUGACAGUUUUUUUCCGUCUCUGAAGUCCUAUGUUGCUGAUUUGGGUCCGAUAUAUGCCAGUAUAUUCAUAAAUCCCUCGAUAUGAAAACAAGUAAUAAGAGACUUAUACCCGUUU